UUUACAGAUUAAUUUGAAUUGAGAAACAUUUGACUGAAAAACAGGUAUUAGUCAUGGGCUCGCAACAGUUUUGUCUGAAAUGGAAUAAUCAUCAUUCAAAUAUUUUUUCAGUAUUUGAACAGUUAUUGUCAAAUGAAGAAUUAGUAGAUGUCACAUUGGCAUGUGAAGGACUUAGUCUGAAAGCUCACAAAAUGGUUUUAUCUGCCUGCAGCCCAUUUUUUCAAAGUUUAUUUCUUGAAAAUCCAUGCAAACAUCCAAUUGUGAUUUUGAAAGAUAUGAGGUACGAAGAUUUGAAAGCCAUUAUAGAUUUUAUGUAUCGGGGUGAAGUCAACAUCACUCAAGAUCAGUUGUCGGCUCUUCUCAAAAUUGCUGACACAUUAAAAGUUAAAGGAUUGGCAGAAGUUGCCAUUGAAAACAGACAGGAUUGUAUGCAGUUACAUGAAGAAGUGCAAGAAAAUAUAAUAAUUCAGCCAUUUCCUCCAAUUCCUUUGCAUAAACAGCCACAACCAGAAUCUUCUCCCUAUCACAGGAGAAAACGUGGACGACCUAGAAAGAGAUCGUUAAGUGAUUCAACCCAUAGUGAUUAUGAAGAACAAGCAAAUUUUAAACUGAAAGGAAAAGACUCUCAGACGGAUAAAACGAAUAAAUCUGAAGAAAAUAAAGCCGUGAAUGGUACUUAUCCACAAACUACAACUGGAAAUUCUGAGACUGUAACUGUUUCUCAGUCUCCUAUAACAUCACAUUCAUAUCGUGGUUCCAAAAACAAAAACACGGGGCUUCCUCCCAAUUCAUCUAAUGAAACUUGCUCUGUAACUGAAGAACCAAUGUCAGUAGAAGAAGAAUUUGAUGUUGAGCCGUCAAAAUUACUGGAACAAACAAUGACAACUGAAAACGUUUCUGUGUACACUAACAAUCAAAAUGACAGCUCUCUACCUUCGUCAACAAAUCAGUUAACUCAGACAUCUGAAAACGCAGUGUCGGAAUCUCAGCGGAAUUCAGAAGAAAGCCAAAACAAUCGUGCGCUUGUUCCGUUACCCAUUCCUUCAGAACCACAGUCUUCUGGUCUUCUUAUUCAAGAGACUAGUCAAGAUGGUAUAAUUCAAGAGAAGUCUAUAUCUGCCAAUCAGAUGUCUGUGAUGGCAGUCGGAAAACAACCCAUCACGCUGAGAAGUUCGGAUCUAUCACAGGAUUUUCCAACCAAAGACUUUUUACCGGAAAAUGAAUUAUACAUGAUAUACAGAAGAAGCCAAAACGCCCGACAGUUUGCCGUCAACAUAGCCAAAGUCUUGUUUACACCCGAAGAAAUGAGAGAAUCAAAUUGUAGGGGUGCUAGAGACAAAUUACAGCUAGACAUGAAAAGACUGAUCUUCAUUCGGUCUUCUGUUUUUAGGUAUUACAGCGUCGCAACUUACGCCGCAUCCGACGUCUGGAAGCUCUGCUGUCAAAGUAUAGAUGCUCACUGUCGCCACGAAAGAAGGCUUUUUAAAAGAUCUUCUAUGAUCAUUUAAUAAGGAAAAUCAGUUCUUAGCCAUACAAAGUGCCUUAUAUAUCAGUUGUAGGAAAGAUUAUAUAAUCUAAAAACAAACAAUACCCACAUAUAGUAAAAUCCUGAUUUGAUAUGUCUAAGGAUGACAAACGUAAUAUCAUAAAUUUAGAAAAGUAAGUAAAUUAACAGGUAAGAGAUUGCAAGUACACAAGUUAUGUCGAGUACGAACCAAAAUCAAGAUUUCACUAUAAUUUGAUUUAACCCAAAAAGACAAAAUAUGUCCAUCAAUGAGGAUUGCCAUAUUUGGGCAUAUUUUAAUUGGAUAAAUAACAAAGAUUUUCAUCAGUAAAAAAUAUCUGUUUAAUACAAAGUACAUUUACAUUGCAUAGCAAUAUUUAAUUUUCUGGGAAUGUAUUCCCAUAGAUAAUUAUUCUUUUACAAAGCUCUAAAAGGGACCAUUAAAAUUGAUCUUUUAGUUGAAUAAAGCUCAAUUUAAUGAGUAUAUAUUUUGGAAAUAAAAUUUUUAGGUUUGAAACUAAAUCUGAAAUGAAUGAAUUGUUUAUUUCAGAAUCCAAUAAUGAUUUUUAAUUAAUCAAAUCCAUUUUGAUUAAAAAGGGAUUUAAAUACAUUUUGGAUUUCUGUAGCUAUUU